AUGGCUCUCACCACUUCUUCACUUGCAAUCUCUAUGCUUCUCUUCUCACUAGUUGUGGUUGCUUCUGCAAAUGGUUAUGGCUAUGCCCCAAAGCCAAAGCUUGAUAAAUAUCCCAAGGCAGAAGAUAAGCUGCUCCCCAAAAUCAUAGGCAUUCAAGGGAUUAUUUACUGCAAAUCCGGCUCUAAACUCAUCCCUCUUCAAGGAGCUGUGGCAAGAGUAACAUGUCUAGCCGUUGAUCAGCAUGGCUGUAAACCAGCUCCUAUCACUAUCUUGAGCUGCCCAACCGAUGCAAAGGGUUACUUCCUCGCUACGUUGUUUCCUUCACAGCUUGAAGAUGCAUCGAAGCUCAAAGAGUGCAAGGCGUUCCUUGAGAAUUCGCCAUUGGAGACAUGCAAAGUUCCAACUGAUGUCAACAAAGGGAUUAGCGGCGCUCCACUUUCUUCUUCUCAUCUCCUCAGUGACAAGCACAUGAAACUGUCUUCUGUCGGACCUUUUGUUUACACAUCAAAAUCUAGACCGAUCUCUAAGGGUUAUUAG